AGGUACGUCGAAUCUUGGAAGGUAACCGCCCCCGAACAGACGAACAACAAAAAUGGAGUUGUGAACUAGUAGCAAGUUAGCUUCAAAGCACGUUCAAUUUUCAGUUUUUGUGUAAUUACCUCUACAUGAGUGGGAGUUUCCAGCUGAUUGAAGUGGCGUGAUGCAAUCGUAUCGAAGUCAUACUUAGUCAAGUCGUAAGAAGCUGUCGAGCGGGUAAACAAACCGGUAUCUUGGCUACGACAAAGACAACAAGGCUUAGCUAGUUAGCUAGCUAAAACGCUAGCAUCUGCUCCUUUUGCCUCUAACGUUAGCUAGCUAGCUAGUUAACGAACGAAGAGCGUGACUCGGACAGAAAUGGAGAAGUCAGAUUUCUUAAAGGGACUACCUGUCUACAACAAGAGUAAUUUCAGCAGGUUCCAUGCAGACUCUGUAUGUAAAGCAUCAAACCGCCGACCAUCUGUGUAUCUUCCAACCCGGGAAUAUCCAUCAGAGCAGAUCAUAGUCACAGAGAAGACAAACAUCCUGUUGCGAUAUCUCCAUCAACAGUGGGACAAAAAGAAUUCAGCAAAAAAGCGAGAGCAGGAACAAGGAGAGGGGGAGAACACGGCGCCGCCACGGAAAAUCGCAAGAACUGACAGUCGGGAACUGAACGAGGAUUCGUGAAUUGCUGUGCUGUUGAUGCGCACCCAGCAGAGACUGACCUGUACAAACAAAAUGCAGUAUGCGGAAUAAAUGUUUGCAAACACA